UCUUCAAAUUAAAACCAAGAUCACUCCAAUGGAGAAGAACUUGGUCUCCAUUCUCUUCCUUGCUAAUCUCCUGGUUGGAGUCACAUUGUUGUCUCUCUUUGUCACCUUCUCCACUGCUUCUUCUGACUCUGACUCUGGCGAAGUUGAUGAUGAAUCUGCUUUUACAUAUGGGGAAAAGAGUGGGAAAGGUCCCAGAAGAUGGGGGGAGAUAAACCUACAUUGGCAAGCCUGCAAAAAUGGAAGCAUGCAGUCUCCAAUUGACCUUAUAGACACAAGGGUCCAAGUCCUUUCACAUCUGGGAAGGCUCAACAGAGACUACAAACCAGCUCCUGCCACUGUCAGAAAUAGAGGCCAUGAUAUUACUGUGAGGUGGAAAGGAGAUGCUGGGGAGAUCAAGAUCAAUGGUACAAAAUAUAAGCUGCUGCAGUUUCAUUGGCAUUCCCCCUCUGAGCACACUAUCAAUGGUUCAAGGUACGAGCUGGAGCUGCACUUGGUGCACAAAUGCUCUCAAGGGAAUUUGGCAGUGGUUGCAAUAGUCUACAAAUAUGGCCGCCCUGAUCGAAUGCUCACCAAGUUGUUCCACCACAUAAGGUCAGUGGAUCCAAAUCAUGACAAGGAAUUGGGGAUAGUAAAUCCAGGGGAUAUAAAGUUUGGGAGGAGCAGGAAGUACUACAGGUACAUUGGCUCCCUCACUGUUCCUCCCUGCACAGAAGGCGUUAUAUGGACCAUCGUUAAGAAGGUGAGGACAGUGUCAAGGGAACAAGUUAGAGCCCUGAGGGAAGCCGUCCAUGAUGGAUUUAAGAGAAAUGCAAGACCGAUUCAGCCAUUAGAUGGAAGACCAGUGUAUGAGUACAGUCCAUGAAACAUAAAACAUAAGUGAGGUGAAGAAUCAUGGAGAAUCAAUGACGUGAUUAGAAAAAAGUUGGGUUGAAAGU